CAAACAUUUGCGACCACUCACCGCGCAAACAUGGCACCACCAGGACGGCGGAAGGCGGGUCCGCAGGUCCCGAGAAAAGACUUUCAAAGGCCUCGAAAUCUCAAACGCAAAAGGGAAGAGGAAGACCUCGACAGCCUGAACAAACGAGUCGCUGAACUCGAUCCAAAAUCUUCAACACCGCCCGAGAACUUCAUUGACCUACCACUCUCAGCAGCCACGCAAGAUGGACUCUCAGCCUCCCACUUCAAGACCUUGACAACGAUCCAAAGCAGGACGAUCCCGCUAGCAAUACAAGGACUAGACAUCUUGGGCGCAGCGAAGACAGGCUCCGGCAAGACCCUCGCCUUCCUCGUGCCAGUGUUGGAAAAUCUAUAUCGCAAGAGAUGGACCGAAUACGAUGGCCUGGGGGCUCUCAUCCUCUCUCCCACCCGCGAACUGGCAAUCCAAAUCUUCGAAGUCCUCCGCAAAGUUGGCCGCAACCAUACAUUCUCCGCAGGUUUGGUCAUUGGCGGAAAGAGUCUGCAGGAAGAGCGAGAACGUCUCGGACGCAUGAACAUCCUUGUCGCCACGCCGGGUCGCAUGCUGCAACACAUGGAUCAGACAGCUGACCUUGACAUUGGUAACCUGCAGAUUCUAGUCCUAGAUGAGGCCGACCGCAUAAUGGAUAUGGGCUUCAUGCAGACCAUCGACGCCCUGGUCGACCACCUGCCCUCAGAACGUCAGACACUCCUCUUCAGCGCUACCCAGACAAAGAAGGUUUCAGACCUGGCUAGACUGAGCCUGAAAGAACCUGAAUUCGUCUCCGUGCACGAAGCCGCCGACAGUGCAACUCCGUCGACGCUCCAGCAAAACUACAUUGUCACCCCUCUCCCCGGGAAGCUCGACACAUUGUGGUCCUUCAUCCGCGCCAACGUCAAGAAGAAGAUACUCGUCUUCCUCAGCAGCGGCAAACAAGUGCGCUUCGUCUACGAAUCCUUCCGCCAUCUCCAACCCGGUAUCCCCUUGCUCCACCUACACGGCCGUCAGAAACAGACCGCCCGUUUAGACAUCACCACAAAAUACUCCAAUAGCAAGUACUCAUGCCUUUUCUCCACCGACGUCGCAGCCCGAGGCCUCGACUUCCCAGCGGUCGACUGGGUCGUCCAGGUAGAUUGCCCGGAAGACGCAGACACCUACAUCCACCGAGUCGGCCGGACAGCACGUUACGAAAGAGACGGCCGAGCAGUCCUAUUCGUCGACCCAAGCGAAGAAGAAGGCAUGCUCCAAGCCCUCGAAAAGAAGAAAGUGGCUUUAGAAAAGAUCAAUGUCCGUGAGAAGAAAAUGCAAACCACGAUCCGCAACCAACUGCAAAACAUGUGCUUCAAAGACCCCGAAUUGAAAUAUCUCGGUCAAAAGGCCUUCGUCAGCUACGUCCGAAGCGUGCACAUCCAGAAAGACAAAGAGACAUUCAACCUCAAGGAAUUGGAUCUCGAAGACUUCGCCGCAAGUCUCGGCUUACCGGGCGCCCCACGCGUGAAAUUCGUCAAAGGCGAAGAUGCUAAAGCGCGCAAAAACGCGCCGCGACAACUCCUCGCCGCGCUCGAGGGCAGUGACUCCAGUGACGCCGAAGGCAAGAGCAAACCCAAGAAAGAAGUCCGCACAAAAUACGACCGCAUGUUCGAACGACAGAAUCAAGACGUCCUGGCCGAGCACUACACCAAACUCAUCGGGGACGACGAAGACGCCUCCAACACACGAAACGGCGCCGCAGACGACGACGACGACGACGAACUCGAUUUCCUCUCCGUCAAACGACGCUUCGAAGCCGGCGACGUAGCGCUCGAUCAGAACGAUGACAGCGACAGCGCCAGUGAUACCAACUCCGCCAGUAAAGAUUCCGCCGAUCCACCCACAGGCGCUUCCCGCAAAUCAUCAAGCAAGAAUGUGAAGACAGUCAAACUCUCCGACAACCCCAACGCAGACCCCCUAAUAAUCGACUCUCACCGGCGCGAGAAACUUUUGUCUUCGCGCAAGAAAUUGCUCAAGUACAAAGGAUCAGGAACGCACAUGACCUUCGACAGUGACAGCGACACGCCCAAGAACCGUAAAGCGUACCGCGACGAGUCGAGCUUCACUGCGGCGGAGCGCGAGAAGCAAGAAUUUCUGGACCGCGAGCGCGAACGUCAAAAGGAAUUGGAUGAGGUGGAUAAAGAGGUUGCGCGGCAGAAACGGCGCGACAAAAAGGAUAGGGCGAAACAGCGGGAACGAGAUAUGCAGGCUGAAAAGGAGCGUGGUGCGCGUGGAGAAGACGAGGACGCUGAUGCAGGAGUGCAACUUGUUCCUUUUGAGGAAGAAGACAAUGCUGGUGCAGAUGGAGACGGUGAUCUCGAAGAGCCAGAGCCAGAGGUCGAGGACGAGCCUAAGCGGAAGCGACCGAAGAAGUGGUUCGAGGAUGCGUCUAGCGGCGACGAGGAUCAGGAACAAGCAGGCAAGGGCAAGGGCAGGAAGAAGAAGCGUUCAAAAGGUGGCGUUGAUGUCGACCAGCCUGAGACGCUUGAGGACUUGGAGGCAUUGGCAUCGGGUCUACUCGCGAAGAGUUGAGUUGAGUAGGUGGUCAGUAAGUAAGAAGAACAUGAACCAAUGUUUGAGACUCCUGUCCAAUGUUUCCAAUGUUUCUAGUAGCGCCCAACGGCAGGUCUGUACUCGUAGAGGCCAGCUGGAUCUGCCAGUCUUCAUCCGCAGCACCCUUUGGCCCCUGCCCUCAGUGAGCUUGUUGUCGGCAUUUCUGCAUGACAUAGACUGCCCGCGUACCAGCCAUGGACGUCGAAAACGUUGCCACCAUUGCCGCACCACUCUGCCAAGUUGUACUUUUCCUUGAAAAGGCCUUCCCCGCAAGCCUGUUUCCAGAAAAAGUGGCACGGUCUGACCAGUGUCGCUCGUCAGGUGCAAAUGAGUAUUGUUUCUUGUUGUCGUCUCGAAGUCCUUC